AUGCUAGGGUAUGCUAUUGGGCCCCUGAUAUUUGCACCACUUUCGGAGAUAUAUGGUCGCAGUCAAAUUUAUCAUAUUGGAAAUAUUUUCUACACACUUUUCUCGGUGGGAUGUGCUCUUGCGCCUAAUAUACCAGCUCUAUUGAUUUUCCGACUUUUGGCUGGUUUCGUGGGAGGAGUGCCAGUCACAAAUGCAGGUGGAACCAUAGCGGAUAUGAUCCCUCGCCACCAACGUGGGUUAAUAUCGAGUAUCUCGAAUGCAACGAUUCUUCUCGCUCCUACCAUCGCCCCUGCUGGAGGUGGAUUCUUGUCAGAAUCUCAAGGAUGGCGGUGGGUCUUUUGGUUAAUGACAAUCAUGAGUGGACUAGUAACUGCUGCGAGCUUUUUGAUUCUCGAGGAGACAUACAGCCCUGUCUUAUUGCAAAGAAAGGCUACUUUGAUGCAGAAAGAAACCGGCAACGCGAUUUAUGUGCCCCGUAACCCGGAAAUUCCGUUGGCAGGGAAAGUUUGGCAAGCCAUGAGAAGACCUAUUGUCUUGCUUGGCACAAAUCCUAUUGUCAUAAUAGCUUCCAUCUACCUUGCAAUUGUUUAUGGGGUUACCUAUCUACUCUUCACGUCGAUCCCUGAAGUAUUUCGCAACUCAUACCACUGGAGUGAAGGCAGCCUUGGCCUUGCUACCCUGGGUAUUGGGGUUGGAUCACUGAUAUCACUUUUCCUUACUGGAAGAUAUAGUGACCGUCUUUUACUUCAACGACAGCAGAAGAUGGGUGAUGAUCAUGGACUAUCAGACCCAAGGACUCGCCUUCUUUUUCUUUUCCCAGCAGCAGUAUGCCUUCCGACAGGUCUCAUUCUUUAUGGUUGGACGGCACAAUAUCAGACUCACUGGAUUCUACCCAUUAUCGGUACCAUGAUAUUCGGAAUGGGUAUGCUUUUCUCAUUUAACAGCAUCAGUACCUACUUAGUAGAUGUUUUCUCCAAGUAUGCCGCGAGCGCCUUGGCAGCAGUAAGCCUUGUUCGCUGUAUUGCGGGUGGCUUAGUUCCAUUGAGUGGCCCCGACCUCUAUGAGCGGAUGGGAUAUGGUUGGGGGAAUACUUUGCUUGGCAUCUUAGCGGCCCUUUGUGGGGCCGGUACGCUGAGUUUGUGGUGGGUUGGUGAAAGGCUGAGACACAAGUAUUCGAAUGAUUGUUUGAAAUAG